AUGCGAAAUGGAGUGGAAAUGAAAUCGAGAAUGUACAUGAUUUCGAUUUCUCAUUUUUAUGUUGGAAAUGAGAAUAAAUUCAUGGGAUCCUUAGCUUUUAAUGUAGUUUGGCGUCAUCAGGACGUGAUUGCUUUAAUGUAUCAUCAGUCUCCAAAAAUAUGUAAUCAAAGUUUUAUGUACAGUCGUUAA